AUGCGUUUCCCUUCCCGCGUGGCACAGUGGUGCCGAGACACGGCCGCCCAGCACUGCCUCGACCUCCUGUGGCUCUCUCAUUUCGCCUUGCUGGGCGCCCACACCCAGCCGGAAGCCGAGGCCGGUCAAGUUGCUGCGUAUGUCGAUUCGUGCGUGUGCUUGCUGGACCACGCCGUUCGCCGUCGCUCGCGUUGGCCGCCACACUCCCGCUUGCGAGCACACCAGACCAUCGCCGCACACCGCAGGCGCGUCAACAAUCCACCAACCUGGCGCAGCCUCGCGAGCUUUCUGCUGCAGCGCUUGUUCUUCAGGCUUCUUCUGCCAUGCCUCUUGGUCUAUGCCAUCGCGCAUUGCGCCGGAUACCUUCAACAACCCCCCCACGCUUCAACCUCCGACCAUGCAUCCUUCAACCAGCACCCAUUGGCCUCAUCACAUCAUCAUCCACCUCCAUUGUGCUCCCACGUGUGCACCUCGUCAAAAUGGCUCGCAUUCGGUGCGCCUGCGCACCCUCUCGUCCUGCGGUACAGUCCAACAACCCCCGACUUUGCGCCCGACUGGCUCUACUCCGCUCAAAAGAAACAGCAUGAGCGGAACGACCAUGUCAUGGCCAUUCCCGACCCAGCAGACACUCCCGGCCGCCUCGAAAUCAACUCACGCUCCGAAUCGCUUGCGCGUGCCGCUGUCAUGUUUGUCGUCGGCCAAGGCGUCGUCGAUCAAGGCGUGGCACUGGCUCUCCAGAGGCACGUUGAGACGAUCAAAAACCUUUCCGACACGAGCACCGCCACCUCACAAAUGCAGUCACUGCUCCAGCUCUGGAACAUAGGCGUCAACGAGAAGCAAUCUCUUCGCUCGGCAUUGGCUUGGUCGGCAAACGCAACACUGUUUGACGGCAUCGACCGGCAAUACGACCUGGUGUCUUCCAUGAUUGACGAACUCCGAGCUUCCAUUCUCACCCGUGUGGCCUUCAUCAACCAAGAGAUCGAGAGUCUCGAAGAUCCCAAAUUCGGCCGAUGUCUUCACCACCAACAUUGCAUCGACAAAUGGCAGCCCGAACUCGAUGAACUUCGCCACCUCUCCGCCUGGUCGGACUUCACCCAUCUCAACAUGUAUGUCACAUGGCAUAUCGUCAACGCUCUUUCAUUCUUCACUCGCGAAUUACUGGACACUUUCGAUCACCAUGCCGGCGAGGCCACCGUCACUCGCGUCCGGCAAGUGUACAGCAAGCAGAAACUUCACGGCCUCAGCCGUCGCGCCGGUCUGUAUGCUGCACGUCAGUGGGCAACACGCUACGACAGCAUGAACCAGGAAAUCACCACCUUCUGCCACGACUGCUUCUCCUCUUCCAACACCUCAUCCAUCUGGCAAGCAUGGUGGGAACCAUAUCCCGCCGAACCACCUUCCGACUUCCAAGAGUGGCUCGAACCCAAAAAGCCCAACAUCAUGGUCCGAGUCAAAGAAGGCGGCAUCAACCUCGACUCCGUCCGCCGCGUUGGGGGAUUCCCCAUCCGCACCCCCAAAGACUGGCGACGUUGGCAAUCCAAUCUCGCCGGCCAAGAAUGUCUUGGAGUCGACCAUCUCUGGGGCGAUGACGAGCUGGAUAAAGAACUCGGCCGUCGCAUCGCGGAAGCUGGUCCUGACUCAUUGACUGAUGUCGAUCGGUGUGAGAUGGGGAGGGAGAUUCUGGGUCAAUUGUGGUGCGUGAGGGAUACGACGCUGCUGGAUGUGAAGGGUUCGUAUGAUGCUACGAGGGCUUGGGUUGGGGCGAAGGAUUUGUAUUGGUUGGAGUGGGUGAAGGAUUUUGAUCGGAGGCAGAGGAAGGCGGAGUUUGUGCAUGAGGCUUGGGGGGAGGAUUCGGAGUAGGUAGCAGCAGCAUCUUUAUGCUUUCACACGAUAGGAUCGGUAGCAUCUUUAUGAUUUUUGUUGCGU